UCCGCGCCUGGCGGCGGCUGCUCCGGGCGGUUAGAACCGCGACCCGGACGCCCGCUACCGCUGCGCAGGCGCCGUGGGGGGACCGCCACCACCCCAAACACCAUAUACACCCUGCCUUCCAGGGCACCUCCCGGCGGGGGGUCAGGCAUUCCGAGGUUCCGCGCUCCAGGGCAGCGACGGAGGCGCAGGCGGCGGCCGCGGGAAGAUUUGCUUUUACCUUUUGGAAUGAUGUCCACAAUGAAGUUAGUAUUGACACUUCUAUUUUCUGGAAUUAUAACUAGCUGCAGAGGAAAUUCUACAUAUUAUUUGAUGCCCAGAUUACUCUUGGUAUCCUUUGAUGGCUUCAGAGCUGACUAUCUAAAGAAGUAUGAACUUCCUCAUCUUCGUAGUUUUAUCGAAGAAGGUGUCUUGGUGGAGCAUGUUAAGAACGUUUUUAUCACAAAAACUUUUCCAAAUCACUACAGCAUAGUGACAGGCCUGUAUGAAGAAAACCAUGGCAUUGUGGCUAACUCAAUGUAUGAUAAAGACACACACAAAAAUUUUUCAGAAUCUAAAGACAAAGAUCCUUUUUGGUGGAAUGAAGCAACUCCCAUUUGGGUAACCAAUGAACUUGAGGAAAACAGAACAAGUGCAGCUGCUAUGUGGCCUGGUACUGAUGUGGCUAUCCACAAUAUAACUCCUUUCUAUUUUAUGAAUUAUAGUCCUUCAGUAACAUUUGAUGAGAGAUUAGGCAAUAUUACUAAAUGGCUGAACAGCUCAGAUCCUUUGGUUACCUUUGCAACACUCUAUUGGGAAGAACCAGAUGCAAGUGGACACAAAUAUGGACCUGAAGAUAAAGAGCACAUGAGUACUGUAUUGAAAGAAGUCGACAAUCACAUUGGUCACCUUAUCCAUAAACUCAAGACAUUGGGAUUGUGGGAAAGCCUUAAUGUGAUCAUUACAAGUGAUCAUGGGAUGACUCAGUGUUCUAAGGAUAAAAUGAUAAAAUUGGAUGCCUGCAUUGAUCGCUCAAACUACACUAUAAUAGAUACAACCCCAGUUGCUGCAAUACUGCCUAAAGAAAAUCAAACCUAUGUUUUUAAAAAGCUAGAACAUUGCAGUUCUCACAUGAAAGCCUAUCUUAAGGAUGAUAUUCCUGGAAGAUUUCAUUAUCAGCACAAUGAACGAAUUCAGCCAGUUCUUUUGGUUGCUGAUGAGGGUUGGACAAUUGUGCUUAAUGAAUCAUUUAAAUUAGGUGACCAUGGUUAUGAUAAUGCUUUGCCAAGCAUGCAUCCAUUCCUGGCUGCUCAUGGCCCUGCCUUUCACAAAGGCUACAAGCACAACACAAUUAACAUUGUAGAUAUUUAUCCUAUGAUGUGUCACAUCUUGGGAUUAAAACCACAUCCAAACAAUGGAACCUUUAGUAACACUAAGUGUUUAUUAGCUGAUCAGUGGUGCAUAAAUCUCCCAGAAGCUAUCGGAAUAGUGAUUGGUGCCCUUCUGGUGUUAACUACUCUGACCUGCCUCAUCAUUAUCAUGAAAAACAAACUGACUGUUCCUCGGCCAUUUUCUCGACUUCAACUACAAGAAGAAGAUGAUGAUGAUCCUUUGAUUGGAUAGCCUGUGAAAAAUUUUGACUUUGUGUCUUGAUGCAGUCAUUUGAGUUAGUCAUCAAAUAUAAGAGAAUUAUGCUGGAUGGUAUAUCAGCAAAAGGUACCCUUUGAAAGAAUUACAAAGGAAUUAGACCAAACAUGUUAACAGUUGUUUUUAUACAUCUUUCGGUGUGUUAGCAAAUAUAAACUAUUCUGACUGACAAUAGAUAAGUUCACUAGACAAGCCAAAAAGUGAUCUUUUGCUAACUAGAAAAGUCUGUUGUGCAGAAUUAUUUUUGCCACUUUUUAUUUUUGCAACAAUUGCACCUCCAAAUACCAAAAACUUAGCAAUUAUCUGUCUCUAGUGAGUUUUUAUAUUUGUAAAUGAAACAAAAUUUUCAUGCAGUUCUUGCACAUUUAUGUAUCAGGGAGAAAAAAGUUUCUAUAUUUUUGUAUUAGCCUUUAAUAAGACCCUUGCCCUUAAGUAAUAUAUAUAUACACACACACAUAUCUAUAUAUCUAUAUAUAUAUAUACACACACACGUAUUUAUAUUUGUGAUGAAUUUCUGUCCUUGAUGUAGAGUUAAAAAAUAGGAAAGCAGAGAUCCAAUUUAAGAAGUAAUGAUUUUUAGGAAAGUUUGCGUUAAAUUUUUGCUAGCCAAUGUGUGUUUGACACCAAUUUUGAAAAAUGUUUCUUAUUUUAUUACUCUAAUCUGAUAGGGUUUUAUACAUACUUCUUGAAAAAUUGUACCUGAUUGGAAAUGCAGGAAGAAGUAUGACCGAUAUGUAUUAAUUUUAUGAAUGCCUUUUCUGCAUGAGUUGCAAUGUACUUAGUGUCCAUAUAACACUUGGGCUUCCUCCUCCUCUUCCCCCCCCCCCCCCUUUUUUUUUUUUUUGAAGAGAGAACUAGACAACCUAACUUUAACAUUAGGUCUUUGAGUAAAUUUUAAAUACAUUUGUAGGCAUUAACCAUUUAGGAAGAUUUUAUUUUUGCAUUGAAAUUUAGCUCAUCCUAUCUUUGUAACUCAUGAAUUAAAACUAUGCUUAUUUUUUUAAAUCACUGGUUUUGGUUACUAUUGUUAACUCAUGUUAUUUAUUUUAACAUCUAAUGUUUUGUUAUUAUCAAACAUGAAUUUUAGAUUUAAGAAGUUCUCUCUUCCCUUUAUAUAUUCUUGAUGACUCAGUGAAGUUGAGUCACCAAGAAUGUGUCAUCUUUGAAGAAUAAAAAUUAUUUACACUGUGAUGAUGCUCAGUAUUCCAAAUGAUUUUGUUGACUUUUUUUCAGUUCUUAUUUGUGUUACAGAAACAUUGUUUCUCAUGUUUUGACUGGCUUAAAACCAAAGAUUUUUUGUGAAAAGAGUUCUUUCUAUCCAGGGGUAGCACUUCCUAAUGCUAACUGAAAAUGUAAUAUUAUUAAAAGGAAUGGACACAUUGCAACCAUUUAGUGGAAAAUGUCUCUGUAAUCAAGAGGAAUACCUGAGACAAGUGUGUAAUAGAAGUUGUGAUUUUUAAAAAGUCAGUGGUGUGAAAUGUUGAAUAGCUGAACUUGUAAACGGCACUAUUAGAAGAUUGAACUUCACAAAAUAUUUUGUUUCCUAAAUAAAUCAACUUUUGAUUAUUUAUGGUGAUGGGAUAACAGUGCUCUUGUAGAUUAUCAAAUUGAUUAAGCCAACCUGGGUAGUCAACUUUGACCCCACUUUGGCAGCAAAAUUCUUUGACUAAUAAGAUCAGUUGACCUCUAGAGAAGAUUCCCAAACCAAGUCUGCAGAAAUAAUUUAAAUGUGACUAAUGUUUAUGUAGGUAAGGAAGUAUUGACUAUUGAGAGCACAUGAAUAGGUCGUUUUGGGAUUGUUUUGUCUUUUUGACAAAUAUUUGUAUCUGAUUUUUCCCCUGAUUAUGGGGCCAGAAAAUAGCUAAUAUAAAAAGAUAGUAGUUUAUUUUUAUAAAUUAGUGUAAAUAUUACAUAUUUCAGAUUAGAAACUUACUUGUAGAACAAAAUAAGCCCAAAGAGAACAUAAUUGCGAAAUAUUUUCAGAACUUUAAAAAUCUGAGUAUUGGCCUAUAUUUAGAGCAAGGGGCUAAAAUGGAUGUAAAUUAUUUUGUAGUAAUUGGAGCAGAAGUUGACCUUUAUAAUGGAAUGAAUCAGUAAAUUUAUUAAUCUUCAAAAAAUUUAUAUGAUUCUUUUUUGAAAAUCUCAACUUUCUAAAAAUGUAACUUUUGUUAAUAAAUUAUAUUUAAAACAAGAAUAUGUAUUUAUCUGGCAAAUCCCAACAAAGUUGGAUUAUUUUUCGUUUUCAUAAUAUAUAUCUUCCUAGGAAAAGAAUAAUACUUAUAAAAAGUUUAUUUUUAAAUUAUACUUUCAGUUAAUUUACAAUAUGAAAUUUUUAGUUUGCCACUAGAAAAUAAGCUAGAAUCUGCUAUAGUACACUGGAUAAAUAUCUAAUAAAAUUAACCUUAUCAGAUUGCUAUAAUAUUUUGGUAAGCAUUUUAAAUAUUUGAUUCAUAAAGCUGAUAUCUUUUUAUAUACUACUUAAAAAUGAAAUAUUUAAUUCUGGAGACUUAACAUCAUUGUCAGUUGAGGGUGAUAAAAAGUUUUACUUUUUCAAUUUAGAAUGAAACUGAUAGAAGGUAUCUUUUUUUUUUUUUUUUUAAGUAUAUGGGGACAAUUCUGCUAUUCUCAUGAACAGCUAAUAAAUUGAACCCAUUCUUAUAUAUUCCUUGCAGUGAUCUGAUAUGCUUGUUGUAACAACUUGAAUACCCAGCUACUUAGCACUGGAGAAUUGAAAGUGUAUUUUCAUGGUUUUUGAAUGACCUCUUUGCCAGUAUCUGGUAAGCUCUGAGGAGGGAAAAGGGGUGGGUGGGGGGCAAGAGAAAGGAAAGAAAAGGGAAGAACGGUGUUCCUGAAGACAAUGCUGCCCUUUUUAAUAAAGGUGGUUGUUGAAGGGGGAAAAGGGUGACUAAAAAUGUUUGUUCAUUUUUCCCUCAUAAAAUACUGUGUGUGAAUAAAAUAAAUGUGACAAAAGUAUGUUUUUUAAAAUGUAGCACCUUAAGUUUUAAAUAAAAUAUAUUUUGACUUUUUA